GUUAGCAGUCAAGACAACGCUCUCUUUCCAUAUGUUAUAUAUUAUAUUUGAUUAGAUGUUAUGGGGUAUCCAAAAAACGAGAGGAAUGGAGGCUGUUGCAGAGAAACGAACAGAAACAAUGUCAUGGAUCGUAGUUUUAACUUUAAUAGUUGUUGCUGAAGCGUCGAGUGUAAGCGAAAGGGAGUGUAGUUUUCCGGCCAUAUUCAACUUCGGAGAUUCCAAUUCUGACACAGGUGCUAUCGCUGCAGCAUUCGGACAUGCUCCUUUCCCCAACGGAAUCACUUUCUUCCACGCCUCUGCCGGACGCUUCUCCGACGGCCGUCUCAUCAUCGAUUUUUUAGCGAAAAGCUUGGGUUUGCCUUACCUGAGUGCUUACUUGGACUCAGUGGGCUCAAACUUCAGUCACGGAGUCAAUUUCGCAACGGCGGGGUCCACCGUCAGACCUCAGAACAACACCAUCUUUCAGAGCGGAUACAGUCCCAUAUCCCUAGACGUUCAGUUUGUGCAGUUCUCUGAUUUCAAAACAAGAUCCAAUCUCAUUCGCAAACAAGGAGGGGUGUUCAAGAAUUUGUUGCCCAAGAAGGAGUACUUUUCUGAGGCUCUAUACACCUUUGAUAUUGGCCAAAAUGAUCUCACUGCGGGCUUCAAACAAAACUUGACCUCAGAACAAGUCAAGGCAUAUAUACCUGAUGUCUUGCGCCAGUUCUCCAAUGGCAUAAAGGGUGUGUAUGGGGAAGGUGGAAGGUCGUUUUGGAUACACAACACAGGCCCAUUAGGAUGCCUGCCGUACAUGCUGGAUCGGUAUCCCACGAGCCCAGCCCAAAUAGAUAAAUUUGGGUGUGCUAAACCAUUCAACCAGGUGGCCCAAUAUUUCAACCGCAAAUUGAAAGAAGCUGUUGCUCAACUUAGGAAAAGGUUACCUGAGGCUGCAAUCACCUAUGUUGACGUGUACACAUUGAAGUACAAACUCAUCAGCCAUGCCCAAAGAUACGGUUUCGAGCAGGGAGUGAUAGCAUGCUGUGGACACGGUGGAAAGUACAACUUCAAUAAUAAAGCUAGAUGUGGAGCAACGAAGAGGUUGAAUGGGACAGUGGUUGGGGUAGCCAAAUCAUGCAAAGAUCCAAAGGUAAGGAUUGUUUGGGACGGAAUCCAUUACACCGAAGCUGCUAAUCGCUGGAUCUUCCAACAAAUAGCUAAUGGCUCCUAUUUAGAUCCACCUACCUCUCUAAAAAUGUCUUGUUAUAGUAAUGCAUCCAUCCAUAGUCAUUAAUCCACCCCAGUCAGGAGAUUUAAAUUAAUCCAUGUUUUUGUAACAGUGAAUUUUGAUAUACUAGCUGGUUUUAUAAAAUGUUUAAUGAAUUAUUUUGACAAAUUUUAUUUAUGUGAAAAUUUAAAUU